AUGUCUGACAUUAAAAUGGAAAUUAUAAUGAAAAAAGAAAAAAGGGCUGAAAGUCCCCAAAACUAUACUGAACAUAUUGUAACUACACAUAAUACAAGAGAAGAGACAAACAGUAGAAAUAAUAGUUAUAUGAAUGAUUUAAUUUCCAACCCAAGUGCUAACAUAAGUGGCAAUAUAAAUCGACCAAACUUUGAAAGUAAUAACAUGAACUUUUCAAAUGUUUCGAAUGUGAAUGAUUUUAAGUAUUUUGAUUCCAAUAAUAAUGCUGGUUUACAAGUAGCAUCACCUUCACCUCAAAAAGUCACCACAAGAGAACCGCCACCAGCGGCGGAACCUGCUUCUUGGCAAAUUCCACCAAGUGCUUUACAAACAAAAAAACAAAUGAAGAAUAUUCAAAUUGAAAAAUAUGAAUCCCGUAUUUCAGAAAAUGGUUACGAUAUUGAGGCUUGGUUAGGCCUACUAACAGAAGUGCAGGCCAAAGCUGAUGUUGAUAAAGUAAGGGAAUCUUUUGAAAGAUUUCUUCAAAAGUUCCCUACCUCGUCACGCCAAUGGGUUCAGUGUGCAGAAUUCGAACUAAAAAAUCAACAUUACGACAGAGUGGAAACAAUAUUCACUCGUUGUCUUCGCUCUGUCCUAUCGGUUGAGCUCUGGAAGUUCUAUUUAAACUAUGUGCGUCGAAUGCAUCAAAUUGAAAAGGGAUCAGCUUCAACCUCUCAGGCGAGAACAACAAUCACGUCGACCUACGAAUACGUUCUCACCCAUAUUGGUCUAGAUAAGGAUGCCGGCACCAUAUGGAGUGACUACUUGUUUUUCCUCAAGACUGGAGAAACAAGUAGCACCUGGGAAGAACAGCAAAAGAUGGACACAAUGAGGAAGGUAUAUCAGAAAGCGAUAUGUAUUCCUCUAAACAACGUCGAAUUGAUCUGGAAAGAAUAUGAUCAAUUCGAAAAUUCUUUGAAUAAAGUUACUGCAAAAAAGUUUCUACAGGAUCGGUCCCCUGCCUAUAUGACCGCACGAACUGCAGUAAAAGAAAUGCGUCGGUUUACCGACAAGAUCAACAAGAAUAUCAUUCCGACACCCCCAAAAUGGACAAAGUCUGAGAAGGAGCAGCUUGCAUAUUGGAAAGAGUGGAUCGAAUGGGAAAAAUCAAAUCCAUUGGCACUCGAAGAUCAAACAUUAUUAAAGAAGAGAAUUACAUAUGUUUAUAAGCAGGCCAUGAUGUAUUUACGAUUUUAUCCGGAAAUAUGGUUCGAUGCUGCAAAUUACUGGGCUUCAAUAAAAAAAGAAGAAGAAGCAGUUUCCUUGCUAAAAACAGCAAUGGAAAUAAUGCCGACGAGCUUCCUCGUGCAUUUCUCGUUCGCAGAAAUGCAAGAAAAACGUAAUAAACAUGAUGAAGCCCGAAACGCGUAUGAGACAUUGUUGUCUAACGUACAGUCACAAAUUGUCGAUAUUGAAAAGGCCACCGAGGCUGAAGUUAAAGUUUUGAUGCAAUCAUCUCCGGAAAGUGGAAAUGAGGAUGGUGAUGCAAUUGUAGAAAUGGAUGGUGAAACCCGAGAGCAAUUAAGAAUUAAAGAAAAAGAACGUGAGAAAGAACGACUUAAAUUUGAAGAAAGUAAACAGCAGGAGAUAAACGAAUUAGAAGAAUCUUGUGGACUUAUCUGGAUAAUGCUAAUGCGAUUUACGAGACGGUCGGAGGGAAUUAAGGCUGCUCGAGUCAUUUUUAGUAGGGCAAGAAAGUAUCGCCAAUGCCCAUAUCGGGUAUUUGUUGCUGCAGCAUUGAUGGAAUAUCAUUGUACUAAAGAUCAAUUAGUUGCUGCUAAAAUUUUCGAAUUGGGAUUAAGGACUUAUGGAACCAAUCCAGAUUAUGUUCUCCAAUAUUUAGAUUUCUUAAUUCAAUUGAAUGAUGAUCUUAAUGCAAGAUCAGUUUUUGAACGAACUCUUGUGUUUAUGCCAGCCGAUAAGGCUAAAAUAAUAUGGAAACGAUUUUCAGAUUAUGAAAAUAAGUAUGGUCAUAUUAUGGCAAUUCAAAAGCUUGAUGAACGAAGAGGAACAACAUAUCCUGAAGAAUCUUCACUAGAACACUUUGCCGAACGAUAUAGCUUCCUUGACACUAAUGUUAUAUGUAAAAAAGAAGUGGGACCUAAACCUGAUCCAGAAUCGGGUUCGAGUUCAUCAACAGCAGUUCAAAAUGACGAAGAACAGGAUGCCGCACCCACUAGACGAGCAUUAUUGGAUUCAGUUCAUCCAGAAAAAUAUCCUAGACCAGAUUUCCGUCAAUGGGUUUUAUAUAAACCUUCUGCAGAACAAUUACGACGUCCAUUUUUCCCACAACCUGGGGCUUCAGUUCAACAAAUUACUAAUAUAUCCACAACUGGAAGUUCAGUACAACCACUUGGUUCAUCUCAACCUAUAAUUUCACAACCCCACGGUUCCACGUUACAAUCCUCAACAGCGCCACAAGCUCCACAGAAUAUAAUUCAGCCAUCAUUAAACUGGACCCGUGCACCAAAUGGCAUGAUGGUGCCGGAUACGGUUAAUAAAUUUUUAUUAAUUUUACCUCCACCAUCAAGUUAUAGUGGUCCAAUAAUAAAUUCUAACGAUUUGAUGGAAUUAAUACGUAAUUCUGUACCGACCACCAAUAUAAUGAGUGUACCACCAACACAACAUUCACUUCAACCACCACAAACAAGAGAUAAAACUCGAGGAGGGAGUCCGGCUCGUGGGGAUGGCAGGGGGUACACUGAUGGUAGAUAUGGAGAAGGAUCUAGAAUUUAUGAUAGAUCUAUGGAAAAUGGUCGAGGUGGUAGUGGGCCAGCAAGUUCAUUAUCACAACGUGGUCGAGGCACGAGUGAAGCAGGAAUAUCAACAUCUCAAUUCAAUAAGCGCAGGAGGAGAGAUUUUGACGAGACAGAAGAAUUUCAGGGUAGAGGUGGCCCGGGUAUUAAUCGACCACCUGAUUAUGAUUUAUUUCGAGCUCGCCAGCAGAGAAAAAGGGCUCGAAAUGAAUCAUCAUUCGGGCAAAAUACUGCUUCAUUCUACUGUACCCGCUUGGGCUUUGAACAUAUCGGUUACCGAGGAUUGGAAACCGGACAUCGGGAAGUCGUAUCUCAUGUCGUUCGUCAAGGAAACAUCAAUUUCAUAUUCCAAACUCCACUUACUCCCAAUGACAAAAUAAUGAGUUCACAUCAAAGUCUUCACGGUGACGGUGUCAAGGAUAUUGCCUUCACAGUGGAUAAUGCUCGUGAUCUUUAUUAUAACGCUAUACAAAGAGGUGGUAAGCCAAUUAGGGAACCAUGGGAAGAAAAGGAUGAUGAUGGAGUAGUGGUGAUGGCCACAGUCGGUACUUACGGUGAUACGAUACACACUUUCGUGGAAAGAAGAAAUUAUCAUGGAAUAUUUCUUCCAAAUUUUAAACCUCUUGAUUUCAAGGAUCCUUUAGAGGAAACUUUACCACCUCCAAAUUUACAAUUUAUCGAUCAUGUUGUUGCCAAUCAACCUGACCUUGAGAUGGAGAAGAUUUGUGAAAUGUAUCAAAAUGUUUUCAAUUUUCACCGUUUCUGGUCAGUCGACGAUAGUCAGAUACACACGCAAUAUUCUUCCUUGCGUUCAAUAGUAAUGGCUGAUUACCAUGAAAAAAUUAAGAUGCCACUUAAUGAACCAGCCAUAGGUCGUAAGAAAUCACAAAUCCAAGAAUUUGUUGAUUAUUAUGGGGGCGCAGGAGUUCAACACAUUGCAUUAAAAACGAAUGAUAUUAUUACUAGUAUAAAAAGUCUUAGAGCUCGUGGUUUGGAAUUUUUGACAAUUCCAGCUGUAUACUAUGAUGACCUUCGUUCGCGACUCUCCACUUCAAAUAUCAAAAUUUCCGAAGAUAUUAGUUUGUUACAAGAAUUACAUAUAUUGAUAGAUUACGAUGAAGAAGGUUACCUUUUACAGAUAUUCACAAAACCAUUACAAGAUCGUCCUACGUUAUUCAUAGAAAUAAUUCAACGCCACAAUCAUCAAGGUUUUGGUGCCGGAAAUUUCAAGGCACUUUUUGAAGCUAUUGAACGUGAUCAAGAUGCACGCGGAAACUUAUUUUAA